GAGGAAGUCGAUGCCUCCAUCUUCGACUACGAUUCUUUUCACGAUGCGAAAACGAGCGUCACUGAUGCAAAGAAGGCCGCAGCUCGACAGGAUGCCAUUGAGCGGAAACCCAAGUACAUCAACAACCUCCUAGACGCAGCGGCGAGGCGGAAACAAGAUCAGCAGAUGGCGAAGGAGAAGCUGCUUCAGAAGGAGCGAGAGGCGGAAGGCGACGAUUUCGCGGACAAGGAGAAGUUUGUUACUGGUGCGUAUAAGGAGCAGCAGGAGGAGACGAGGCGGUUGGAGGAAGAGGAAAAGGCAAAGGCGGAAUUGGAGGAGAAGAGGAAGGGACAGCUGGGUGGUGGUAUGCAGGGUUUCUAUCGUGGGAUGAUGGACCAGAGGGAGCAGGCGUAUCAAGAAGCACUCGAAGCUGCCGCGAAAGUGGAACAGCAGGAUGCGGCGAAAGCGACGGAAGAGCGUGGUCGAAAGAAGACGGAUGUGGAGUUGGCGGCAGAAAUGCGAGCAAAGGGCGUCGACGUGCAUGUGAAUGAGGAAGGGCAGGUGGUGGAUAAGCGAGAACUGCUGUCUGCUGGCCUGAACGUUGCACCUUCUGGAAAAUCGACGGAUGGGCGGGGUGCGGAUCACCUGAAGACGUCUGCGCGGCCGGGACCAUCAGCCUUUGCGAAUCGAAACCAUGCCAGUCGGGAUGCGCAGCGAGAGCGGCAGACGAGGAUGAUGGAGGAGCAACUUGCGGCGCAGGCGAAACGGGCGCGAGAAGAGGAAGAGGAGGAGCGCAAGAAGAUUGAGAAUGCGGCCAAGACGACAAAAACAGAGAAGGAUGUCAGCGAUGCCCGCGCGAGAUACCUUGCGAGAAAG